UUUGUUUUGGUUCUGGGUGCUGUUGUGUAGUGUUCGUUUUUUGAGAAAACAUGUGUGUUUAGCAGUUAGUCUGACAUACAGUCAUAGGUGUUCACAAUGGAUAUCACCAAAGCAUCCAUCAGGCAGAAAGUUUGGGAUUUCUUGGAAGCAAAGAAUAUUGCAUGUUUUCCCAGACCAGUCCAUCAUCGGAUCCCUAAUUUUCAGGGAGCAGCUGCAGCCAACGAGCGACUGAAACAACUUGAUGCUUUCCAGCGAGCAAAGACGGUGAAAGUCAAUCCUGACAAGCCCCAGGAACAUGCCAGGUUUCUAACGCUUGAAGCCCGUAAAACACUGCUUGUUCCGACACCACGUCUGCGGACAGGUUUAUUCAACCAGAUUGUACCACCCUCUAACCCUAAUAAAGACGACCUCAGAAAAUGCUCAACAUCACAGGGUGUGAAGCAGUUCAGCUUCCCUAUUGGUCUCGACAGUAAAAUCAUCGUAGAUAUCGUCAUUAUUGGCUCAGUUGCCGUCUCUAGGAAAGGGUAUCGGAUCGGUAAAGGUGAGGGCUAUGCAGAUAUGGAGUUUGCGAUGAUGUACACAAUGGGAGCCGUCAAUCAAAACACAAUCGUUGCGACAACCGUCCACGAUUGUCAAGUCAUGGACACCAUUCCGGAUCACCUGAUCGGAUCACAUGACCUUACUGUGGACUACAUUCUUACCCCAACGGAGAUGAUUAAAUGUGACUGUGACAGGCAGAAACCAUCAGGUAUUGUGUGGUCAAAACUUGACGCAGAGAAAUUUGCUCAAAUUCCGAUUUUGAAGACACUUCGGUGGCGGGAGCAAAAAGCAGGAAAAGAUGUCCGACUCAGAGAUGAAGUCGAUGAAAACUCUACAAGAACAAGUCAUGCAAGUAAGAGAUAAGAAAAUAAUACAUGUUUUUAUUGCCUACCAAAUUGCCAAAGAUUACUCUGGACUGUUUUUAAUGUCUGGCUAGCAGGACUAGUUAGCUUGGUAUUUCACAAGUCCAUCAGCUUGUUCACUCUAUUUUGUGGUUUUUAUUUAAAACAAAGAUGCUUUUCAACACUGACCUUGGAGUGGAUUUUGACUGGUCCUCAUGUGUUUUAACAUUUGGCCAGUGGACCACUGUAAAGGGAGAACACUGACAAUACUAAUAUGGAAAAGAGUGGAACACCCGGCCAUGAAUGUUCUUAAACAACAAGCUACAUCUGCAAUGCACCUUGAUCAUGGUGCAGCCCAUCUUGUUUGUUUCCCAUCCAAAUCUAUGAAACCAAACUGAGGCUGGAAGCAAAAAUAGUCUGGUUCCUUUUUGUACAAUGAAUAUUAGCAUUCAUUACUACUACUGGAUCUUGGUACAAGACUAAUAUGGCGGCAGCAUAAUAAUGGUCUACAUACAGCACAUACUUGACAAUUCUUUUUAAAUCAUAGUUUAAAUUAUUUUAAACAGCAUUUUCUCCGAUCAGGCUAAGAAAAAAAACUAAAGCUCAAUCAUAUUCUGUUACUGUUAGUUUAUUUGUUAAUUUAGUUUAGUUGUUGUAUAAACAAGAACAUCAUACACAAAUUUAAACACACAGGGAUGUGGCAUAGGUAUGAAUUGCAAGAUAAAAAACCACUAGACCGCAGGUGUUGUAGCUUAGCAAUCUCACUGGAUCAGAAAUAAUUGUUAAAAUAUCCCAAAUAUUUGAAGACAAGCCCAGUAUAGUGUUUGCAAUGUUGAUACCACACCCAAUGGGAGACUUUGGGACGCUAGGUGGCAGCAGACUUACCAGGUAAUUUUCCAUUGUUUACGUAGUUCUGAGC